AUGCAUUCAACUGCCACGGAUAGUAAUGGCAAUUUACUUUACUUGAAGCGAUCCAUGAAGCGUCUACUUUCGAAUGAUCUUUCCUCAUCACCACCGACUAAAAUUCUUGCCGUUACAACUACCGAAGAAGACAUGAAUAAUAAUCCUACGAGUACAAAUAAUCUGACAAAUGGACAUCAAAAUAGUGAUAGUAAUGAAGCCAAAAAAGCUCGCCUUGAAAAAAGUCCACCAUCUCGUGUUGUACAUUUACGAAAUAUUGAUGCUAGUGAAUUAGAAAUAGUUCAAUUUGGUCUUUCAUUUGGCAAAAUAACAAAUGUACUUAACUUAAGAAAAAAGAAUCAAGCUUUUCUGGAAUUUGACAGUAUUGAACAUGCACAAGCAAUGACUGAUUAUUUUUCUUCAAUACCUAUAUUAUUAAAUGGUCGACAAAUAUUCGUACAAUUUUCAAAUCAUCAAGAAUUAAAAACAGAUCCGAAUAAUGCAAAUAAUCAACAAGCACAAGCUGCACUUCAAUCAGCAACUAUUUUACAAGAAAUUGCACGAACAGGUGGACAAAAUUGUGUAUUACGUGUGGUUGUUAAUAAUAUGAUUUAUCCAAUUAGUGCUGAUACAUUUUAUCAAAUUUUUAGCAAAUUUGGUAUUGUUUUAAAAAUUAUUACAUUUACUAAAAAUGAUAAAUUUCAAGGACUAAUACAAAUGAAAGAUGCAACUACAGCACAAGCAGCAAAAAUGAGUUUAAAUGGUCAAAAUAUUUACAAUGGUUGUUGUACAUUACAAAUCGAUUUUUCAAAAUUACAUUCAUUAAAUGUCAGAUAUAAUAACGACAAAAGUCGAGAUUAUACUAAUCCAACAUUACCAUCAAGUGAAAAUUCGAAUGAACCUAUUUCUAUUGGUGCAAGAUAUUUAACAGGUAUACCUAAUGUAUAUGGUUCGCCAAUAAUGGCACUUGCCGGCGCACCAUUAACAACACUUUCAGCAAUGAGUAAUGGUGCUAUUCAUUUUUCAGCUCCAACAGCAACUAUGUUAAAUGCAAGCCAAUUAGCUCAACAAUAUACCACAGCAUUAGCAUGUCCAAUGACUAGUUCAGCAAAUGCUGGUACAACAUUAUUAACAACAGCUAAUACAACACAAACACCAAUAUCAUUAUCAACAUUACAACAACAUCAUCCACAUGCAACAACAAGUCCGUAUAUUUUUUUAUCAACAUCAACAUCUGAUGAGGUAUGUGCAAAUGUUGGCGGUGGUACUGAUGUUACUAAUGGAGUAAUCACUGGUAAAACUGCAACUUUAUCUUCUCCUUCAACUCUUUACUUUUAUAAUAAUAACAGUACACCUACUAUGUAUCCUACUGAUUUUCUGUGUUUGUGA